UGGCGACAGUACAAAAUGAGUGGCCAGAAGAUCGGCAUCGUUGGCAGCGGCCUGAUUGGGCGUGCCUGGGCGAUGCUUUUCGCCUCGGCCGGUUAUCGUGUGCAGCUCUAUGACAUCCUGGAGUCGCAGGUGACCACAGCUCUGGCAGAGCUGCGCAAGGAAUUGCAGCAACUAGAGUCAAAAGGCAGACUGCGUGGAGAAUUGUCAGCUGAGCGGCAAUACGCGCUCAUCAGUGGCUGCAUACAGCUGGAGCAACUCGUGCAGGAUGCUCUGCACAUUCAGGAAUGCGUGCCGGAGCAGCUGGAGCUGAAGCGUUCGCUCUAUGCUCAAUUGGAUGAGCUGCUGGAGCCUCAAACCGUUGUAGCCAGCUCGACGAGCACAUUUAUGCCCUCGCUCUACACCGAACCGCUGAAACGGCGCUCUCAGAUGCUUGUGGCGCAUCCACUUAAUCCACCCUACUUUAUACCCCUCGUAGAACUGGUGCCAGCACCCUGGACCAACACGGAGGCUGUGGAGCGCACACGUACGCUGAUGCUGGCGCUGGGUCAGCGUCCGGUGGUGCUAAAAAGGGAGAUUCAGGGCUUUGCCACAAAUCGCAUACAGUACGCCAUACUGAAUGAGGUGUGGCGCCUGGUGGCAGCGGGCAUCAUCAGUGUGGCAGAUGCGGAUCGCGUGCUGAGCGAUGGUCUGGGCAUGCGCUAUGCAUUGAUGGGUUCAUUGGAGACGGCACAUCUAAAUGCGCCCGGCGGCGUGUCGGACUAUUUCCAGCGCUUUGGCGGCGAGAUUGCCGCUGUGAGCGCAACCUACGGACCGACACCGAAUGUGUGCGCCGAGAGCGAGACGCUGGCCGAGAUAGCGCGCCAGUGCGAGCAGCUUGUGCCGCUGGAGGCUUUGGGGCAGCGGCGUGCGGCACGGGACGAGUUUCUAACGCGCCUAUCGGAGCUGAAGCGGCAGCUGCCAUAAAAUAGAUUGCACUACUGUAUUUCCAUUUGUGUUGAUUAAAGCGGUGCGCGCUCUGCGAAUGGAAGCUAUCGAAGCAGCCACCAGCCCAUUCAUUGAGUACCUCAUUGCGUAAUUGCA